CUGUAGAUCAGCAACGUAGAUGACCUAUAUCGAGAUGACUGGAGGCCUACUCGAGUUAGACGUGAAUGGUGUGACGAACCAAUUAACGUCGAAGUCACACCUCGUGGUCAGCACCUUACGUGGACUACCCCCAUUGACGUAUCAAGGUACAAUAGAUGCUUUGAAGACUGUACAACACAGAGGUUAUUACAGAAAUAUAUUAGUUAAAGUAGAUACAAGCGAAAGUAAGACCACUGCCACAUGGGCCAGUCCACCGCAUACGAUUAACUAAUGUGCGUUGGUUGUACAUGACCUUGGCAGGGAGCGAUGAUCUGUUCGACAUUCAGUGAUCCAACUGCCGGAUGAUUUGGCUAGGGCUCUGUGACAUUUCACUGACUCUACAACACUGAUAUUGUGAAUGCCGUUUAUCUUGAACUUUGUUUAACAGAAAGCCUUUUAUAAAUCAUUUUCACAGUUCAAUUCCAUCCUAAUCAAGUAGCAUCUUCUGCACCAGUUGCUGCGUUCUGAAACUUUGAAUUUGGGACUUUGCGCCAAGUCGAAACUGUGGUUAUGGCGGGUCCUGAAAUUACUAAAAAUUCCAUUAGACAUCAUGUCCACGCUUUGUCCAAAAUGUUUGGUAUUGAUUUGAUGUAUGAUCCAAAUGUGUAUGCGUUUGCAGACAGUCUAGAAAAGAGCAUUGAUAGUUCGGCUGAUACUCAGUACAACAUUCAUGAUUUAGUUACCAGACUUUGCAGCGAUAACCCACAAUACGAUGCAUUUUUACGGCGGUAUGAAGAGUUGAAACCUAGAAACAUUAGGGAACUUUCCGCUGUUGUUUAUCUGUUAUCAAAGCUGAAGUCGGACGACGCUAUACUCAGAAGUUUAGAGUAUCUUCCUUUGUCUACUAAGCCUCUUAAUGGCCAAAGCAAAGUCUCUACUACUCCCGUUUGUGGGAAGGAUAUAACACAUCUUCAACAUGUGAAUGACGAGUCUUGUACACAAGGAUCAAGUUCAGAGCAACCAGCCAGGAAUGAUAGUCUGAGACCCAUGUUUGGUGCUUCAGAUGAAUUAUCUUUGUUUUCACCCUGUGGUGUUGGCGCACAUUCCAGUUCAUUUGUUCAGGCUUCCAAGAAUACAUCUAAAAAGUUGGUUUCUAGCAACGCAGUCCAACCUCCAACAUUUCCUCUGCAACCUGAGUGGAUAUACUCACGCGGGACGCUUUGGGAUGACUUCCUGUCGAUUUCACUUAAUUCAGAAUCUUUCCAGCAACUCCCCAUCGAAUCUCUUUCAAAUGCUGUCCAGGAAUACGCUGUUGUUAGCGAUCUACUACAGUGUUUGCAAGGUAACCAAGGAGUUUACAUCAAACCUCUGCCUUUAUCGAGUCGUUACGCAGUCCGAUGUUUUAAAGUAGAUGAAAAAAUGACUCCCGCUUUAUCAGAUACUGUAAAUAAAAUUCUCCCAGUUUGUUCGGACUAUUCAACAGUGGCUAGAUUUAUAGGUGAGAAGUCCACAUUCGAAUAUGGAACGGUCAACCAGGCACUAGCAGGUGCAAUGCGCGGUUUACUUAAGGAUUAUCUUAUUCUGUUAUGUCAACUUGAAUACCAGUAUAAAAUUGGUCAAUUGGGAAUAGUUAAACUCCACUUUUUUUUGCAAGAAACAGCUACCGCUUUUAAUCAGUUGACUCGCCUUGUUUAUAAUAUAAACACAGGACAGUGUUCUGGUGGUGCAGUGUUAUCAGUAUUGUAUGAUUCUCUAAGGUCUGUUUAUGGUGUUAAACAAUUACAUGAUUUAAUGCUUUAUCUCCUGUGUUCUGCUACCGUACCUUUUUUUAAAAUUCUUCAAAAAUGGAUAUAUCGGGGUGUAAUUUCUGACCCAUAUAAAGAGUUUUUCAUUUCAGCUGGAUCUACGCCGAAUUUUUAUGAUCCUGAUAAAGCAUCUCCAAAUAAUCUUCAUUCAGCUUCAUUCCAGUUCGACCGUUUUACACAGAAUUAUGUGGACUGGGCAUUCUUUUGGGAGUGUCAUUAUUCUCUUGUACCAAUAAACUUACCAAGUUUUCUUGAACCUAAUGCUUCGAAAAUUCUUAGUACGGGCAAGUAUUUGAAUGUUGUACAGCAAUGCGCCGAUCGUUAUGAGCUUCCUACGUGUGAAGAACUUGUUUAUAAUAAAGAGCAUUCAGUGUUUCUUGAUAAAAUUGACCAAGCUCAUCUGUACGCAAGCAGUUUAUUAUUGAAAUUGAUGCUGCAACAAAAGGAUUUAAAAGAACACCUAAAAUCUGUUAAGCGUUUCUUUCUGUUGGAUCAAGGUGAUUUUAUUGUUCAUUUUAUGGAUGCCGCUGCAGCAGAAUUACGUAAAAAUAGCGAAAUUAUUUCUCAACUACGUUUAAAUUCUUUAUUGGAAUUGGCACUUCGUACUAGCACUGCUAAUAGUGAUCCAUUCAAAGAUAAUUUAUCCGUUGUGAUAUUUCAAUUUGAUUUAAUCUCUCAAAUUUUAAUGGUUCUACGAGCUGGAUCAGAAGACGAACCGGACAACGUCUUACCGAUCGAGGAUAAAAAUCUUUCAGGACUAGAGGCUUUCUGUUUGGAUUAUAGAGUUGGCUGGCCUAUUGAUUUAGUGCUCAAUCGUCAAGUAAUGGAUCGCUAUCAAAUGCUUUUCCGUCAUCUUUUAUACUGCAAACAUGUUGAGAGAUUACUAUGCAACUCAUGGAUUCUAGGCAAACUUGCUCGUAAAUGUGAUAACCUUAUGACUACCUGGUUUACAACCGCUUUCCUAUUGGCCCAACGAAUGCUUAUUUUUAUUCAACAUUUCCAAUAUUACAUGUCUGUUGAGAUCAUUGAACCAGCAUGGCACAAUUUUUUCAAACGCGUUGACAAAGUAUGUUGUUGCCAAUUCCUUUAUUGUUAUAUACACAUACAUCAUUUCCACGUAUCCAAGUCGUUAAGCACGCACAAAGGAAAUUAACAUAGCUAUAUUCAACAAGAGAUAAAUGUAAAACACACUACUUACAAAUCACAAAAUAUUAACCUGGGCAUACAAUGAAGGUAGCUUAACUGUUGAAUCAUAAAAAAUUGUGAUAAUCGAAAAAUUUUGUUUAUCAUAAAUGUGAACGUUAAUUCAUUUUAACGAUUCCAUUGGAUUUUUCGCACUGAAUAAAGAUUUUGUUAAAGCUAGCCAUGAAAACAAGACUUGUAUCAAAAAAGUGUUUUGUUGAGGGGAAUGGAGCAAUCAAACUAGUCAGACAGGAAAUAUAGCAACACCCUUUAAUCUGUAUUACUUGUUCUUCACAAUUUUUUCAGACUUGAUUCAUAAAUUUUCUGCAAAACGUUGCUAUCUAGUUGGUGGUAUUUCUCAGUUUAAACUUUAGUUAAUUUGACACUUGUCUGUAACCUAAAUCACGUCCUGCUUACAUUUUUAUUGUAUUAUUUACCAUAAUGAAUUUCUAAUUUGUUCAUUCUUCGGUAGGUAUCUAAUUUGGACUUACUUUUAGACUCACAUCUACAUUUUUUGGAAGUAUGUAUGGAUGAUUGUUUACUAGCUAGUCCUGAUCUAUUAAGUUUAGUUGGAAAAUUAUCUGUAGCCUGUGUAACGUUUGCUAAUUUUAUCCAACACUUGGCGUUCUCUAUAACAGGAGUCAAUUUAUCAUCAUCUGGAGAUAAUGAUCAAUGUAUUGUUUAUUUAUCGCGGCAUAGUAAUGAUAUGGAAAGGCCUUUCCUACACGAUCCAACACCGUCAUCAAAUUUAGGUCGAACAAAGAAUGAUUUAAAAUAUGCACCUCGUGAAUCUACCACUAGUUCAGUAGAAUCUAUGAUGACAAAGGUAAGUAGUCGAUUGAUCUUUCAUUACCUGACAAUUUUUGUGUUUUAUUGUUGCAAGACAGAAAUGAAGUAAUCAGUCCUUUUUAUAGAUCAUCCAAGUAGUUGCAAACAUCAAUUCGAGUGUGAUAUUCUUCAUAAUAUUUACAUAUUUCUUGAAAGUUCUGACACCAUUGAAGCAGCUGCUUUGUCAUGUUCAAAGCAUAUUCGGUUUAUGUAUGUUGAACUAUAUGUGUUUGCUUUGGCAUUUAUUUUCUACGUUACUUGUACAAAACUUUUAGACAAAUAGAUAUAUUAUCGCAGAACAUUGAAAUUAUGUGCAUAUUUAAAAGUCGCCACGCAUGUUUUUGUAACUAUUCACAUUCAUGUGUAAUACAUAGUUAUCUGAAUAUAUGGAUAUAAUGAACUACUGUUGUCUUAAUGAAUGGUCUCAGAUCCAGACAAGAUUACUUAAAUCUAUAUAGGCAAAUGCGAGUUGUAAUUCACACUAAAAUUGCUUUAUUCUGCAUAAUUUUAAUACAUAAAUGUUCAAUUUAAAACAGCGAAAUUUAUGUACAUUCAACAUCAUGACUGGAAACUGUAAAUUUGGAAAAUAUUCUGAUUGCAACGAGUGCUUUUGCUGCAUAAUAUUUCACUGACACAAUGUCCAUCAGUUACUAGAGAAGAGUUUGGUAGAAUGAGUUUGUCAGAUGAUAUGGCUAAAACGGUUACAAACUUUGAUACAAAUUUCAACAGAAUGUUAGUUGAACUGCUUGAAAAGAUCAAACAAUAUGCUAAGCAUCACAGUAAACUGUUAAGUCUAGUAUCAAGGUUAGUUAAUUCUUCUUAUAUAUUACUACUCUGAUUUUCGUUUUCUGCAAUUGCAUAUUUUAUGUUCUUUCACUACAUAGUAUCCCUUGAAAACUAGUUUAUUCGGAUCUUCUCUGACCAACUUAAGAAUUACAAGAGAGCAGUGUAAAUUCCAAUAAAUUCGAAUAACAAACACAGUAGUAAAAACACUAGUUUAUAUAGGAUUCGGAUAGGGAUCUUUUAGCAUCUCCUUGAUUCCUUUGGCAGCAAUGAUUGUUUGAAAAUAAAUCUGUCGUAUUCCGAACAGAGCUUGACGAAUGUAACAGUCAGAACUUUAUCCUGCUAACACCAACAAUCGCACUUGAUGUUUUAUACGUAUGCGGUAGUAAAACCCCCCAAACAACGUGUUGGUAGUAGUGAAACGUAAACCUUUAUACAUGGAAAUUCCAAACACAUAAGUACUCAUGUAAACUUGCAAAACGUUCUAAGGGUAUUCAUCAAUUUUCUCCAUUUGAUGACUUUUAUAUUGGUUAGUAUAUCUCUGUUGCUUGACUGUUAGUGAUUACGUAUAUACAUCGAUAUAGUUGCACAUAUCAAAGAAUUUUUAUUUGUUUUGUGAUUUAAAAUGUCUAACAUUAUCUAAUAACCUAUUAUAAUAUAUUUUCUGGUCUGACAGUGAUACAUUUCUCCUUCUUGUACAGACUCGAUUUCAAUGAAUUUUAC